GGUAAUUGGUGCGGUAUUUGCGAACAAUACGAUUUUGGGCGGGUCAGCAGGUGUGUUUCCGCUGAAGUCUGAAUGAGUGUUCGUUUGCAAGCGAAUAAUACAAAUUCAAAUUAUUAUCAUUAUUUUUGUUAUUUAGUGUUCACUUUUAACCUGCCGUUAUCGCCGAGGCAGUGACUGUUCGUUGAUUGAAAUUUUUUUCCGUGAGUAGUUAUUAGGAUUUUUUCAGUUAGUUAGGUAUUUUAGUCUGUUCAUCGACGAAACGAAAAUGAACUACGGCAGCAAGACGACGUUUAUCGGUUUAGACACGGACAAACGCAAAUUGACGCUGUCAAAGAAGUUCGUGAUGUACGCCUACGACAAAGACACCGGAGAAAUAUUUGGCCGCACGCCGUCCAGUUGGGCCAAAAUUGGAUUAUUUUAUACAGCGUUUUAUUUAACACUUGUCGCUAUGUUUGGAGUAGUUUUAUGGUUUUUCUUCCAAACUCUUGAUCCACGUACUCCGACUAGACAACUUGAACAUUCACUAAUUGGAACAAAUCCAGGUUUGGGAUUUAGACCUAUGUCCAAUGAAACUCAUAGCACUUUGAUUCAUAUAAAUAGUAAAUCUGUUCAAGAUUAUUCAGUGUGGACAGAAAGACUCGUCAAAUUUUUAGAUGUGUACAAAAAACCGGGUUUGACACCAGGAAGAGGUCAAAAUAUUGCAACUUGCAAUUAUGAUAAACCUCCUGGAAAAGGAAAGGUCUGUGAUAUUGAUGUGAAGGCAUUCAAUUCUUGCACAGAAGAAAAUCGGUUCAAUUUUCAUCGUCAAGGACCUUGUAUUUUUCUUAAACUAAAUAAAAUUUAUGGUUGGAAUCCUAUAUUUUAUGAUAAUCCAAAUGACCUACCACAUGAUAUGCCAAAAGGUUUGAAAGACCACAUCAAAAAAAUAACCAAUCCAGAGGAGUUGAGAACUGUGUGGGUAUCAUGUGAAGGAGAAACUGUGUCUGACAAAGAACUCAUUGGGCCAAUGGCAUAUUGGCCCAUUCCUGGAUUUCCUGGCUACUUCUUCCCAUUCGAAAACUCUGAAGGAUACCUAAGCCCUUUGGUUGCAAUUCAUUUCAAAAGUCCAGCAAAAAGUAUUGUAAUCAACAUUUUGUGCAAAGCCUGGGCAAAAAAUAUUGUUCAUAAAAAAAAUGGCAUCAACAGAGGAUCUGUGCAUUUUGAAUUGAUGAUGGAUUAACAUAGCUACAUCUUUUAUAAUUUUUAGGUACAAAAUUUGUUUUUAAACAAUGUUAUAAGAUUUUUUUGCAUUAGUUGAAAAUUAGACAUAUUGUUUAUUCAUUACAGCGAUGGUGUAACAACAAUUCUUUGUUUAGAAUUAUUGAAUAUUUACAUAGUUUAGAUGGAUAACAAUCCUAAAAUUACAACUUUUUGUUACAACAUUGUUGCAUCAACAAAGUAUAAAUUAUUUUCUUUUACAUGUCAAACUAUGCACAUAUCGAUUGGUUUUAAUUAUAUUAUUUCAUUAGUUUUAUUUUAUAACUUUUAUCAUGACGUGUUUAAACUAUAAUUUUGUUUUUAACCAUAUUAUAUUUUAUGAUUCGUCCAAUUUAUACUAAUAUUAAAUAUCAUUAAUUAUUUUGUAUCUCGUCAUAACUCAAAAACCAAUACAUAUUGAAGACUGAUUUUUUAACAGGACAUUUUUCGAACUAAUAAUAAUUGACAUCCAAUUUUCAUAAUAUGUAAUAAUAAGUAAUUUUUUUUUACGAUUACAUAUGUGUUGUCAAAUUAUAAAUAUUCUAAUGUAUGCUUAUAAAUAAUAAUGUACAAUUUGUGUUCAAUAAGUCUACAAGUUAGAAAAUUAUUUGAUCUGAUUCUAUUAAAUUAUGUUUUUCUAAACAGUGUUAGAAUUAAAAUUGUUCAAUGCAUGGAAAUAAUAUAAAUAAUUUAAAUGCAGCAAAGUUUUUUUUACAGUGGUAGUUAUUAACCAAUCUGAAACAAUACAUUUUGUUGUGUCUAAAUAUGUUAUAGUGAUAUAAAUUAAUGAUAAAUACUUGAUAAUAAAAAAUAAUUGUAUUGUCUCAAUACAUAAUAGCAUAUAAUAUAAUAUUUAUUUGUUAAAUAUUCUGAUUCACAUAAACAUGCUAAUUUUACGAUUUAA